CUUAAUUCUCUCAACCUCAAAAGAACGUACAGCAAUGGCAAAACAAUACCAAGCUCUCUUUCUACUCCUCUCCGUCUCCUACCUCUUCUCCGCAGAGCUCACGACCGCCACAAUCAGCCCGACUGGAACUUCCACAAAAGCACUAAACUUCAUUCAAUCCUCAUGCAAAUCCACAACGUACCAAUCCCUAUGCGUUGAAACUCUCUCGGUCUACGCCAAUACGAUCAAAACAAGCCCUCGACGCCUCUUGGAUGCAGCUAUUGCCGUGAGUCUGAACCAAGCGCUGUCCACGAAGCUCUUCAUCUCACACCUGAGGAAGAGUCCGUUCCAAACCCUUCAGGACUGUGCACCAUCGACCGAUACGUUCAAUACAGAUUGCCAGUGUUCUAUCGAAGAGCUCCAAGAGGUGGAGAAUUGUAACGGUUGGACCGAAUGCUUGUCUAAAAUAAACAAUGCUGAAGUGUGUGCCAUUGCGGGUGAGAGUCAUAGCGUCGAGAACACUUGCUCCAGCCCGUUCGCGGGUCCGGUAAAGAUGUCAGUUCAGGGUCGGAUCUCGGAUGCGUAUCAAUAUUCUAGCACUCUUGCUUAUGUUUUAAUAUACCAGUUCUGUUCAUGAAGAUUGUACAAGUUCUUUGACAUAUAUUACUUUGUCAUUUUGUUUAGCAUUUUCUCAAUACUGUAUCUUUUCUGUCGUUAUUUAUCAAACCAACCUUUUUGAAUUUUUGUUAAUAAACAAGACUUUUAGUC